CCUUGCAGAAACCAUCGAAAUAAAUGAACGCCCGGAGAGAUCACAAACCAAACCACCAUGGAUCUCAUCCGCUACCUGGCCAUCUUCUUCGCAAUUCUCCUCCUCCUCUUCACCCGACUCGGCCGAGGCAAGAACUCGCCACCUUAUCCUCCCUCUCUCCCCGUACUCGGCCAUCUCCACCUCCUAAAAAAACCCCUCCACCGCUUCCUCGCCGCUCUCUCUGCCCGCUACGGCCCAAUCAUCUCUCUGCGCCUCGGAUCCCGGCCCGUCCUCGUAAUCUCCUCGCCCGAUGCCGCGGAGGAAUGCUUCUCCAAGAACGAUGUCAUCUUCGCCAACCGCCCCCGCUUCCUCGCCGGGAAACACCUCGGCUACAAUUACACCACCAUCGUGUGGGCUUCCUACGGCCACCACUGGCGGAACCUACGAAGAAUCGCCACCGUAGAAAUCUUCUCAACAGCUCGACUCCACUCCUUCUCCGGUAUACGGAGAGAGGAGGUCAUGGUCUUGGUUAGACGACUCGUUAGCGACUUUAACGACGAGGACGGGUAUCGGAAGGUGCAGAUGAAGAAGACGUUCUUCGAACUAACGUUAAACGUGAUGAUGAGGAUGAUCGCCGGAAAGAGGUAUUAUGGGGAGGAUGUAGAGGACUCAGAGGAGGCCAGGAGGUUCCAAGAGAUUGUGGAGGAGACGUUUGCGUUGAGUGCCACCACGAAUCUUGGCGACUUCCUGCCGAUCCUCCGAUUCCUGGAUUAUCGAGGGGCGGAGAGGAAGCUGAAGAGGUUGCAGGAGAAGAGGGAUGCCUUCAUGCAGGGCCUGAUUGAUGAGCAUAGAAGAGGUGAUCAUGGAGGAGGGGAGGGAAGAAGGAAGACUAUUAUUGAUGUAUUGUUGUCUCUCCAACAAGGUGAUCCUGAAUACUAUACGGAUGAAAUUAUCAAAGGGGUUCUUGUGGUGCUGUUAACGGCCGGCACGGAUACUACAGCUGUAACAAUAGAAUGGGCCAUGUCGCUCCUACUGAACCACCCAGAGGCAUUGAAGAAGGCCAGAGAAGAGCUCGACCUCCAGGUGGGACAAGACCGCCUCGUAGACGAAUCCGACCUCCCCAAGCUCCCAUUCCUCCACGCCAUCAUCAACGAGACUCUCCGGCUCUACCCUCCGGCUCCAAUCCUGCCGGCCCACGAGUCGUCGGAGGACUGCAUCGUCGGAGGCUACCGCGUGCCGCGCGGCACGGUUUUGCUCGUCAACGCGUGGGCGAUCCAGAGGGACCCCAGGCUAUGGCCGGAGCCAACCAGUUUCAGGCCGGAGAGGCUUUCGGAAGCUGGAAGGGAGAAUGAGCCGCAUGGGAUGCUGCCGUUUGGGUUGGGGAGAAGAGGGUGUCCCGGCGAGGGCCUGGCCAUGCGCGUGGUGGGGCUGGCGCUGGGGGCCUUGGUGCAGUGCUUUGAGUGGGACUGCAGCGGUGAGCCAGUGGAUUUGAGCGAGGGAGCAGGGCUCACCAUGCCCAAGGCCGAGCCUUUGGUGGCGGGGUAUAGGCCGAGGCGGUUUGUGAGGAACCUGGUUGAGGGGAGAGUUGAAGGCUAGAAACUACGGCCAAGCCUGUUUGAACAGUUCGGUGUUCAAGUCGCAAGCAAUAACAACUAGCAGGUGGUCCAUUUACGACUGCCUGGUCUGUGUCUCUACAGUUUCACUUGAAGCUUUUCUUUGUUUUUUUAUCCUUUGGUUUCAGUUACGCUUAAGGAGACAAUUGAAUUGCAUAUGUUUUUAAGUUCGAGGUUCUUUUUAUAUACAUUCCAGGUUGCUGGAAGCUUAAGAGUUCAGACCACUUUCAGGUUCCUUGCUGAUUUGCUGUCCA